AAAUUAAAGUGAUCUUCCAAAAACUAGGGUUUUAGAAAUAUUUGGGUCCGGUGGAGGUUGGAGGGGUUCAAGCAGCAAACUGAUAGAAGAGGAAUAUGACGACUAGAAUAGCUCCUGGUGUAGGGGCGAACUUGCUAGGUCAACACUCGGCGGAGAGGAACCAAGACGCCACUGCGUACGUCGGCAACCUUGACCCUCAGGCAACAGAAGAGCUAUUAUGGGAGCUAUUUGUUCAAGCUGGUCCAGUUGUCAACGUGUAUGUUCCUAAAGAUAGAGUAACUAAUCUCCACCAAGGCUAUGGCUUUGUAGAGUUCAGAAGUGAAGAAGAUGCUGAUUAUGCAAUAAAAGUUCUAAACAUGAUCAAGCUGUAUGGGAAGCCAAUACGAGUGAAUAAGGCAUCACAAGAUAAGAAGAGCUUGGAUGUAGGAGCUAACCUUUUUGUUGGAAACCUGGAUCCUGAUGUAGAUGAAAAACUUCUUUAUGAUACUUUCAGUGCUUUUGGAGUCAUUGUUACAAACCCCAAGAUCAUGAGAGAUCCUGAGACAGGGAAUUCUCGUGGAUUUGGAUUCAUUAGCUAUGAUUCUUUUGAGGCUUCAGACGCAGCUAUCGAGUCAAUGAAUGGACAAUAUCUAUGCAAUCGUCAGAUAACAGUGUCAUAUGCUUACAAGAAAGACACAAAAGGAGAGCGCCAUGGUACCCCUGCAGAGAGGACACUGGCAAGCAGUAAUCCAACAACCCAAAAAAGUAGGCCCCACACAUUGUUUGCAAGUGGACCUCCGACACUUGUUCAACCAACCGGUGGAGCUCCGGUUCCUCCACGCCCGUUUGUCAACGGAGCGGUUCCUCCGGUCACAACUAUUCCGGCCAUCCGCCCCCUACCACCACCUGCACAGCUCUACCAACCCAUGCAAAUGUCUGUUCCACCACCACAAUGGCAGCAGCAGAUGGGCCAGCCUCCUCAAGGCAUGCCACCACAACACCUCCAACAGUUCAGGCCGCCGCCCCCACCUACUAUGUCACAACAACCUUCAAACAUGCCUCAGCAGUUCAGGCCGCCUCCACCGCCAGCAGGUAUGUCCGGUCAGCAAAUGUGGAGGGCACCACCGCCUCCUCAACAGCUCACCGGAGGCCAUGGUCACCCUCCUAUGAUGCAGAUGUCAAUGCCGCCACCACCACCCAAUGCACAACAGCCACCUCCUCCCUCUGGUUGAAACUUGUAUACUAAAAUGUCAGAUUUUUUUAGACUCAGAGGGAUUUGUUUUUUGUUUGGUUCUUGUAUGUUAUCAUAUUAUAUUUUGUUACUAUUUUAAGUUCCAAAGGUUUUAG